AUGACACCUUCCCCGCUGUUGUUCCUGUUGCUGCUCGGCCUUGUAGGCGCUCAAGCCCCCGUGGACCUCCGCACCGCCGCCGCCAUGGGUAAGAACAAUGACCUCUAACCUCUGAAGCUGUUUAUAAGUACACAGUUUGUGACCUGACAUCUAACACAUCAGAAAAGUCUCUAUAAAAUGACUGACACUCAUGAGGUGGUAAUGGAAUUUUAAAGGGAUAUUCCGCUAAAUUGAUGUUUGUUACUGUAAGAAUCCGACUGAGUUUGAUUUUUUACAUGAUCAGGUUUUACUCUUACUUGGUUAACUGAUUUGGAUAACUGUACGUAAUACAAAUACGAUACAUUUUUAUUGAUUUAAAUGUUAAGUGUCUUCAGGUGUCGAUUUACCAAUAUUUAUUGAUUGGAAGUUAUCAGUAUGACAGUUUUUUAUUUGGUGGGUGUUUUCUUCUUGUUGUUUUGUGUUUUUUGUUGGUGCUCAUGCAAAGUUUUUUUGUAGUACAUUCUGUGAAGAUGUGUGUGUGUGUGUGUGUUUGUGUGUGUGUGUUCAUGUGUGUGUGUAUGUGUGUGUGUGAUAUGAAGCAGCUGGUUGGAGGGAGGGAGAGAGGUGAAGGGUGAGAAGGGAGAUCAGUGACAUUAACAGACGUAUUAGAUUAAUAAUAAAUGAUUUGAUGAGGCCACAGAGAAAAUCCAAUGCAUCCUCUUUUUUAGCUGAACUAUUAACAACAAAAUAAUGUCAAACAUUAACUUUCUUUCUUCCACAUUAAAAAAAACACCUAUAAGUUUGAUAAUUAUUAUUUAUGCAACAAAAAAUGCAUAAAUUUAUUCAUACAGGGUUUUUUUUUCUGAGUUUUCCUGUCAUUCUCAUAAAAUGAUGUCGAUAUAAUGAUCUAAAAUAUUUUUCAGUAUCUAUACUUUUCAUUAUUUGGUGACUUUUAAUUUGAUCUUUUUCUGUCCUUCAUCCCGGUUUUUCUGAUCCAGCCUCUCUCCAUCUCUCUCCACCCCUCUUGCCUCCCUGUAUCUUGUUUUUCUGUUUCCUCCCACUCUUUUUUUUUUUACCUGCCUCCAUCCUCCCCGCCUCCCCUCCUCCUCUCAAUACCUCCCUUCUCCUCAUACUCCUCCCACCUUCCCAUUUUCCCUCUCCACCAAACUCAUUUCUUUAUUUGUGUACCAUACUUUUUUGAUAGUUUUAAUUGUCAUUAAAACUUUAUGACAUGAAAACACACUUCAUUAUGUCUCUGUUUGUGCAGCUGCAGGUUUGUGCAAAACCCGUCCUACAGACAUCGUGUUCAUCAUCGACAGCAGCCGUAGCGUUCGCCCUUCGGAGUUUGAGCAAGUUAAGGUCUUCCUCGCUAAGGUCAUUGAAGGGCUUGACGUUGGACCCAACGCAACCCGUGUGGGAGUGGUCAACUAUGCCAGCCGCGUCAAGAACGAAGUAUGAGGCGGCAGCAGGCGCUCACAAGCCCAAAGCAAAGAUUCAAUGUGCUUUAUGUCACUAACGCUGCUUUUAUCCAACAUUAGGUGUCCCUUAAGACUCAUCGCACCAAAGCCGGGCUGAUCAAGGCCGUGACGAAGAUUGAGCCGCUGUCCACUGGAACCAUGACCGGUCUGGCCAUCCAGUUCGCCCUGAAUGUGGCAUUCAGCGAAGGCGAGGGCGCCCGAGUCAAAUCUCCUGAUAUCAGCAAGGUCAGACACGAUUUCACCAUAAAUUCAGCUUGUUAAUAAUGUCGAUCAGGAUUUCUCUAACUGGACUUUGUCUGAUUCUCUCCAGGUUGCCAUUAUUGUGACAGAUGGGCGUCCACAAGACAACAUAAAGGAGGUGGCUCAGCGUGCCCGUGAUGCCGGGAUUGAGAUUUUUGCCAUCGGUGUGGGUCGUGUAGACAUGAGCACCCUGAAGCAGAUGGCCAGUGACCCUCUGGAUGACCACGUGGACUACGUGGAGAGCUACAGCGUCAUUGAGAAGCUCACCAAAAAGUUCCAGGAGGCCUUCUGUGGUAAGAUGGAGGACAGAAAGAGGAGAAGAUAAGGGUGUUUUUUACAAAAGUCAGAGAAGGAGAAGAGAAAAAAGAGGGUUCAGUCUUUAGUGGUGAUUAUUUCUGUCAGGGUGGGUAAUAAGUACCCAUCAUCCCUGUGAAGAAAGCUGUCUGCUGCCCCCCUGUACUGAGGGUAAGGUGUCAGGACUGUCAUCUUCUCAUUCCAACAUAUUGUUUCCUCCCUUUUGUCCUCGACAAUACAACAAUAUGUUCCCUCAUUAAACCUCAUUCAAUAUUCUCAGUGCAUGAGGACAUCAGGGCAGGAACAGCCUCUUGGAAGGAAAUUCACUCCUGUUCUUCAGCCGGGAAGCGAGACUGAUCUCUCUGUAAUUACCGAUCCAUUAGUGACAAUCAUUAAACUUCUAAUUAGCGAUGCCCUUUGGCUCUCCCAGUCUGCGGCAGUUUGUGACUGCAGCCUGACACUUGCUCUCGGCAGCCAAUAAUGCCGCAGAGGUUUCAUCCAAGGGUAGAGCUGCAUGAUGGCAGAGCUGGAUUGUUAUUGGAUGAGCCUGUGCAUCACAUUUACAAGCAGAUGAACAGAUGUUGUUCGUUUGUGGCUCUUCCAAUCCUCCCCAGCUACUAGUUUUAAAGAUCCACUGGAUUCAUGCAUCUUUAUACGUACAAACAUUUACUCGCAGGUUGCAGUGGAUCGUUAAAAAUCAAUACUAGAAUUUCAAACUGACAUAGUCUUAUUCUCUCCCCCUAACUCCACCCUCCUCCUUGUGUGUGUGUACAUGCUCCGGCGUGUAUCCACUGUGUGCACUCGUGUGUUCAUGCACUCACACACACAGUGUCGGACCUGUGUGCCACCGGGGAUCAUGACUGUGCGCAGGUAUGCAUCAGCAGCCCUGGAUCAUACAAGUGUGCCUGCAAAGAUGGUUUUACCCUCAUGGACGAUGGUCGCAGCUGCAGUGGUGAGUGUGUGUAUGUGCAUGUGUGUGGGAGUGUGUGCGUGUAUCUGUGUGAAAAUGCUUUACGUUCACUGUGUCUCCUGAGUAACACACUCCAUUGUGCGUCUGACACCUCCAGCUUGCAGCAACUCAGCGACAGAUGUGGUGUUCCUGAUCGAUGGAUCCAAGAGCGUCCGCCCUGAGAACUUUGAGCUGGUUAAGAAGUGGAUCAACCAGAUCGUCGACAAACUGGACGUCUCUGAAAGCAAGGCUCACGUGGGUCUGGUGCAGUACUCCAGCUCAGUCAGACAGGUACGUAUCUAUCUAGACACCUGUAAAAAUCUGUUUUCUUCUUUCCAUAUCAAACUAAAUUUUCAAUAUCUCUCCUGCAGGAGUUCCCUCUGGGCCGCUACAACAACAAGAAGGACCUGAAGGACGCUGUGAAGAAGAUGGCCUACAUGGAGAGAGGGACCAUGACUGGCCAGGCUCUCCGCUACCUGUCAGACAACAGCUUCGGCCCCGGUCAGGGUGCACGACCUGGAGUCACCAAGGUGGGCAUCGUCUUCACUGACGGACGCAGCCAGGACUACAUUGGAGAUGCUGCCAAGAAGGCAAAGGAGAAUGGUAUGAAAAACGAGAUGUGGACACCAGUAGACACAACAGGAAGCUUAACUUUACAAGUCCUGUGUGAAACCUGUGUGUGUGUUAUGUCACAGGCUUUAAGAUGUACGCUGUUGGAGUUGGCAAUGCAGUGGAGGAUGAGCUGAAAGAGAUUGCCUCUGAGCCGACUGGAGAGCACUACUUCUACACGGCUGACUUUAAGGCGAUGACUCAGAUUGCCAAGAAACUGCAGAUUAACAUCUGUCAAGGUGAAAUCAGAGAAAAUAGAGACAAAAAUUUAAAUUUAGCUCAACAUUACUAG